UGCCUCCUUGACCUUAUUUUGGCUUGAUUGAAGAAAGUGAGAGAGAAAGAGACAUCUGAUGUUUUGUUAGAGAUCACAGAAGAUUGUCAGAUCCUCUGCUUAUUUAUUAUGCGUUAUAACCUCACCUGGAUAUUACAGCUAAAACUCAACAGUCCCUGAUUCAUUGAAUGAAGGUCUUUCCAUCCCUCAGUCUACAGUAUCUCUAUUCUCAGACUCCGAAUUUGUCUGGUUUCUCUCCAGGUUUCUUCCUCACGUCAUCCCAAGGAGUUUCCUCCACCACCUCCAUGCUCAUUAGGAAUAAACCAAACUCGAUACGUGGAUAUCCGAAGCUCUGCUUUGUGAAAUCAUCAUGCUACGUCCUCUCAGCUGAGCGUAUUGUGUAGCGCUUGGCUUCUUCCUCUUUUUUUUUUUUCCAUCAUUACACAACUAAUGGUUUGUCACAGACAUUUACACAGCUUUUUUUUCCUCCCAACUGGGAAUAUGUACUGUUUCUGCUGGGAUGGUGGAGUCCAAACAUCAUCUGCAUAGGAUAAGCACUCUAUGAGAACACACACACACACUUUUGAGAGAGAGAGAGAGAGAGAGAGAGAGAGAGAAGGAUUGUGGGAGAGUUCAGUGAGAAAGCUCAUUCUGCCAGAAAGGCAUUUUGGGUCGAGGCUGAGUGGCACCAUAUUGAUUCCCGAUCAAUGUGCCAUGUGAGCGGCUGCCGGGGGUGGGGGGAGGCACACACUGACGGAUAUUGUGUGAAAGAGACUUUGGCAGCAGCUGAAUGUUUCGGAUAGUCACAUGGCCGCCCGGUGGGCUCGAUGCCAUGGCAGUGACCCAUUUCCAUUUCUGAGGUGGCGAGAACGGUGUGGAUGAUGGCAAUCGUCGAACACAAUGCAGGGCGCGUUUAACUGUUUGUUUAUUUAAUUUUAUCCAGUGCGAUAUAUCCAUCUGAAGUGUUUUGCUCAGGAAUAAGCUUUAUGGGCUGCUUUUACUGGCAUUGUUUAAAAGGCUAUAAUGAAAACAUUGAAGCCUUUCAUUCCAACAGAUCCCAGAGACGCGAGUUUGAAAUAUUGCGGGUUUAAAUCCAGACAAUGUCAGCCUCUGGGUCCAAAAAACACAUCUGGACGUUACUCAGGGUGGGAUUGAUGAUGUCAUCAUCUCUCUGCUGUCAAUCACUGUGACACAAGCCAAUCACAGAACUAGCUAGUGGGUGACCAAAUUAUAAGCAUAUUUCCAUAAAAGAUAAGAUGCUGACUUGCCAAAAUAUUAACUCUGCAUAUGCUGAUCUUGGAAAAUCAGGAGCGUGUGCUGUUACUCGUGUCAUCAUUUUCUUAUAACUGCACGUCAUGUAGUAUUCAGACUCUAGUCUGUUAAAAUCCUCAAUCCUAAAUAAUCCAUGAGAUAACGUAAUAAAUAAUGGAUCCUGCCAUCUCAUCAUGACGGAGAGAAUCUGUGAGCACAGAACAAAAGUAAAAGUAUGAGUCGGCAACUUCAGAAAGAGAUUUCUCCCCUGCAGGCAUUAUUUCUUUGUGCAGUUUUAGAAUUCUGGACUUCCCCCUGCAGUAGAGACGAGGAGAAAACGAAAGCAGAUCCUUCUGAAGAAGCCUCGUGAUGAGCUUUGAAGUGUCACUCUGCUCCGGGCGAUUCUAUUCCGCCGGUCAGUACGUCUCACCUGAAGCACCGCCGUGCCGAAACGAUGAGCAUGAUGAAUUUGUUGCCACGGCAACAGAUGUCCAUGCCAACCCGCUCGUCUUUCUUUGGGCCGGAUUCCAUUUAGGCAUUCAUUUGGCAGAUGUUUGUCCUUUAUUUCUUUGGCUUUUCUUUGUCUCGUCUUUUUUUUUUUUAAAGCGCUUUGGGAUGUUUGUGUGCGCAGAGCUUUACGCUUUUGUUCCGCACCCAGACCUCAGAGUUACACCGCGCAGCGCCGAAUUAUUCAAGCUUUCACGUACAACUCGUUAUCUUGAAAUCUGAACUUGCCAGAGAUUAGAUUUCUUCACUCCGCUUUCGUGAAGAGUGAAAAAGCGGGCUCGCCACACCAGAAUUUCGUGCGAUGCUUAUCUGCUAGAAACGAGCGUGAAAUCUUUCGUUCGGUAUUUUCUACGCAGACGUGGUUGCGGCUCUCGUCUCUAUAGACCUGCAGAAAUCCUUUCAGCAAACUGUAAAAGCCUGUAAACCUGCUCGACUAGAUCUUAACUCCGUCCCUUCCUCUCUGACACGCAAUGGGAUUCACAGUGUUUGGAAUGAAGUACACACACACACACACACACACACACAUCUGCUUUGUUUUAAAAAAUGAAACAAGACAACAUUUUUCCUCAUAUCACCUUCCUGAAUAUAUUUAUUGUUGUUGUUUUUUGCUCUGAAAAGCCCUCAAGGCGUUGUGAUUCUCCUUUCAGCAGGCUUCGGGCUUCAGGUUCUUGUAUUUCUCGUGUUUUUUAUUUCGUACAGUGCCUACUCUCAGGUUAAGAACCGAGCUUUUCUACCUUUUUAACUCUGGAGUUCUCAAGUUUCUCCUAUUCAGGUGAGCUCUGUGUCUCUAAAGACCGGGCUUUUCGUAACCACUGAUAAACUCUCCGCCGAGACUUUUUUUUUUUUUUUUACCCAGGCGUCCGAGCUCUCGCUCCGUCACUCGUACCAGAAACCAUCAUGGAGGUAUUUUUUCAGGGAUAACAGGUUCACGUGUGCCCAAGUCACUUCAACGAGGUACUUGAUGUUGCGGUCAUGUUACAAGUGCUGGAUUAGCGAUGUUUUGUUUUUUAAUGGCGCAACUCUGCUUUGAGUGUUGACUGGCAGCCAAAAUGCUUCCUACUGAAGAACAUGUCGGCUCCGUUUUGUUUUAAUAAGCAUGUCAUGUUAAAGUCAGAGUGAAAUCCGGCACACUCUGCUGACGGAGUUAUAGCUUUACGAGCCCGGGCGUGAUACACUAACGCUAACACUAACCAGUUACGUAACGCUGUGACGAGCGAGGAUACGCCGAGCAUAAAGGAAAGGUAAACACUACACUCGGGAUCAUCUCCGGUUUUUAUUCUCUGACCUGUUUGUGUGCUGUGUUUUUAUGAUGCACUGAUUACACGGUCAAUACUGCGACAGAUUGUAUCCGAAGAAUAUCCUGUAUAUUGAGACGUAACAGUUUUUUCUUUAAAUAAGAACUAUUGAACUUGGAUUCUGUUCAUUUGGAUUUUGAACCUUACUUUCGUUAGAGUUUAUAUUUAAAUAAAAUAUCGUUGGCUUUGAUGAAACGUUCCUGUGAUGUGAUGUAUCGUACAAGUGCCUUCUCCUUUAUUACCUAAACCUGCUGAGUAACAUGUUGCAUGUUGGAUGAAUUGAAUCAGCUCUCUGAGGUCCUGAGAUCUUUAAUCUCGAGCAUCAUCUUUCACCUGCGAGCCUGAAGAAUAGCAGAUCUGUGUGUGUGUGCACACCCUGCUUUAUCCACAGCUCUGCUUCUGCUGCUGUAUGACCUCGGAUGCCUGCGGAGAACCCGCAGUAACCCUGUCCUAUCAGGCUCUCAGGAACAGAACCAGGAUCGGUUUGGAUUAGAUCGGUGAUCGACGUGAUUUGAAAACACUCACAUGUGCACGUUAGCCCAGGGGAAGAAUAACAUUCAGGAUAUAAAUACUGAAACACGGAUUUGGGAAAACCUGGAAACAGCGUCUUCAGCCACAGCAAUCUCUGAUUGGACGAUAUCCCAGAAGCCUUUAGUUCCUGCUGGUCUUAUCCAGAAUCUCACUUCGUGGUGCAGUUUGUUGUAGAUUCUGGAUGCAUUCUUAUAUAAGUGUAAUUUAUUUCAAGUAAAAAAUCACAGAGCUUGGAGUUCCAUCGUGAUCAGCAGCCGUGAUCGGCGGAGUCUGAGUACAUUUGUAUCUUUUGCGCAGUUUUACGUGCUGUGCAUUUUCAGAAACAUGGAUAAUUUUGCUUUAAAAGUUUCUCAACACGCAGAGAAAACACUACGCUUUUGAAAAAAGCCGCAUAGCUGUGGGCGGAGCCUGAGAUUUUCAUUGACUCAAUGAUAAGAACUUUUUGCUUGAAGUGUGUGUGUGUGAGGGAGAGAGAGCAGCUCGUUAUACCUCCUUGUCUGACAGAGCUGGCUCCAGCAAACCUGACAAUAUGGAGUGAGAGCACUUUAUCAUCCUCGAUGCUAAUUUUGGCCUCCAUGUGUCCUGACUUGUGUUUGAACCCCCCUCCGUGGGCCCGAGGCCAGGCCAUUCGAGCUGCACGUUGUGUAAACGAUAAUGUUUUGGAACAAGCGACACCUCAGCUGCUGCUCCUCAGGCCUGGAAGGCAUACUGUUGCUAGGUGUUAGGCUUCCAUGUGUCAGGAAGCCGAAGGCUUUGCACUGAAUGCGGCGCAAAUGAGAAUUUUUCGGAGGAGUUGUUGAUCACAGGGACGUUACACCCUGUUCUGGUUCACGCUACAUCUCCAAGUUCAUUCAGAGUGCAGAGGCUUCAUGUGUCUCGGAGGGAAGAAUGCAGGAGUUUGUCUGGACACAAAGCUAACGGUGAACAGAAGGGUUCUAAAUGCAUGGAGGAUGUUCUAGUGCAGAGGUAACCUCACGCUACCCAAGAUCCCGGAGUCUAACAUGGCUCUCAGUGUGCUGGGAGUUUUCCUGGGAUUGCUUCUGGAAGUUUCCGCUCACGGACCAUCCAGCGUUCCCAGGACUUCGUGGAGACACGAAGAGAUGAGCCUGGUGGAGUUCUCCGAGCCGGGUGUGUUUAACUACUCCACUCUGUUGCUGAAUGAGGAGCGAGGUGCGCUGUACGUCGGGGCCAGCGAGGCCAUCUUUGAGCUCGACGUCAACGACGUGUCAGUCAAAAAUAACCAGGUUCAGUGGAAGGUUCCGACCCGUGAGAAGUCGCUGUGCACCUUAAAAGGGAAAUCUGAAGAGACGGACUGUAGAAACUACAUCCGGGUUCUUCAGGUGCUGGAUGAAGAACAUCUGUUCGUGUGUGGGACCCAUGCCUUUCAGCCGCUCUGCGAUUACCUGUCUUUAAAGGACUUCACACUGAUGGGGAAGCAGGACGACGGCAGAGGGAAGUGUUCGUUCGACCCUACUCAGAGUUUUACCACGGUCAUGGUUGAUGGUGAGUUGUACUCUGGGACUGCGUACAACUUCCUGGGCAGCGAGCCGAUCAUCUCCAGGUUCUCGCGGCCUCAUAGCCUGCUGCGGACCGAGUACUCCACGUCCUGGCUCAAUGAGCCCAGGUUCGUGUUUGCAGACGUUAUCCGGGAGGGAAGCAGCAGUCCGGAUGGAGACGACGAUAAGAUUUACUACUUCUUCACAGAGGUCUCUGUGGAGUACGAGUUCUUUGGGAAGCUGCUGAUUCCCCGUAUCGCCCGCGUGUGCAAGGGCGACUUGGGAGGUCAGAGGACUCUGCAGAAAAAGUGGACGUCCUUCCUGAAGGCCAAGCUGGUGUGCUCCAUGCCUGAGCUCAAUUUCGUCUUCAACGUCGUCCAUGACGUGUUCAUAGUUAAAACCGCUGACUGGAGAGAAACGGUCAUCUACGGCGUCUUCACUUCCCAGUGGGGGAACAUGGGCCUCUCCGCCGUGUGUGCGUAUAACAUGACCUCAGUGGACGAGGUGUUCUCUAAGGGGAAGUACAUGCAGAAGGCCACGGUGGAGCAAUCCCACACCAAGUGGGUCCAAUACAACGGCAUCACACCUUCUCCCAGACCCGGAGUGUGCAUUAACAACCAGAACCGCAUGCAGAACAUCACCAACUCCCUGCUGCUGCCCGACAAGACGCUGCAGUUUGUGAGGGACCACCCGCUCAUGGCUGACCCCGUGCUGCCCAUCGGCCAGGGGCCGCGCCUCACCGCCAAGGACGUCAACUACACACAGAUCGUCGUGGAGAGAGUCACCGCCCUCGACAACAACAUCUACGAUGUUCUCUUCACUGCCACCGAUAAAGGGUUUUUGCACAAAUCCGUGGUGUACGAAGGAGGCUCGCACAUAAUCGAAGAGAUCCAGCUGCUGAAAAACCCCCAGCCAAUCAAAACCCUGCUGCUCUCCACAAAAGAGGGCAGCUUCCUGUACGCAGGUUCGGACUCAGGGGUCGUCCAGUCUCCCACCGCCUUCUGCGACAAAUACGUGACCUGUACAGACUGCGUUCUCACCCGCGACCCGUACUGCGCCUGGGACACGCACGCUGCUUCCUGUAUCAACAUUUUCCAGAAGCAGGAUAACAGACCGCCUCGGAAGUAUAUUCAGAACCUGAGAGGAGAUGCAGAUGUGUGUCCAUCAGUGAGACCGCGCUCCAUAGACAGGCCGCAGCAGGUGGUGGUGAAGCCGGGCAGUUCGGCGGAGCUGGCGUGUAGCGUGCGCUCCAACCUGGCGCAGGUGUUUUGGAAGGUCAACGACAGUGUCCUGAACGAGUCGGCUCACUUCCUCCUGAUGAGUGACUCGGCGCUGCUCGUCUACAGCGUGACUCCACAGAACCAGGGCCGCUACGAGUGCUGGACCGUCGAGUCCGCUGCCGGGAAGAACUUCACCCGGCUGCAGGCCUCCUACAUCCUCCGCCUGGAGCUUCACGAAAUCUCUCCUGCCUCCACACUCGAGAUCGUCGACGUUCCUAAUCCCGAUCCAUCCACAUCACACACCACCACCACCAGCAUCACCGCCACCACGGCACCACGAGGUAAUAACGGCCACAGUAACACCGCAGGACCUUCACCACUAACGCCAUCUACUCGCUCCAGUGUGCCUCCGCCCCCACUAACCCGCCCUGUUACCACGGCUAACGUCUACGCCGCGAAAGCAGAAACUAAACAUUAUGACCCUCGUCAGAGUAGCAAUUCGCAAAAUCAAGGACCUGAGAUCAAGGAUCCACACGCAAAGUACAUUCAGUACGACAAUAGUAAAGCCUUAUUGUUCCUCUUCCUGCUCUUCUUCCUGCUGUUCCUGUGGGGCCUGGCGUACAACUGCUACAUGCAGUACCUUCCGGGUCCGUGUCUGAGGCUCCGAUCCGCCAUGCUCGGCUCGCAGAAGAAGCCGCAGCGCGAGUACGCAUCCUGUGAGGCGGGAUUGAUGGACGUGUUGCCGGAAAAACGGGACCGGAACGAACCGCCACAUCAGAACGGAGCUCUCCGUGACACAGGAUACGAAACGGAACCGGAAUGCGGAAACGGCAAAAUUCCAUCAAACAGCUACGAAGAGGACAAUGAAAGCGCCUUGAAACAGGGACCGUUCGACGUAAACUGCGAAUCGCAGCCGAUCGAGUACGCAGACGCCGACACAUCGUAACGGAAAGAGACGACUUUUCUCCAGACGUGUUCCGAUGUUCGGAUAGAUUUUAUUCCCAAACGUCGCAUACCCAAACACGACCACUUGUUCUUUCUUCAUGAUUUUGCUGUCUCACUUUUUCUUUUUUUUUCUUUUUUUUUUGACAAUCCAAUUUUCGACAGCGUCGCAUUUUUUGCGUAGAUCAUCAAGCAAAAAAUAAAUAAAUCCACAUGAUUCCAAAUUGGAAACAUGGUUUACCAAAUUGGUAAGUUUACUCAAUGUUUUCCAAAUUGGAGUAUUAAUUUUUUUUUUUUUUUAAAGGUGGGCAGAGACUGUUUCCUGUUUUUUUUUUUUUUUUGGUUCCUCUCUUCCCCCUACCCUACGAUCUGUUGCGCUGUUUGUUGCGUUGUUGUUGCGUGUUACUCUCAGGGACGUUGAUCACAUUUUGCCAAAUCUUUCCCGGUCAGCACACGACGGAAGGAUCCAACGCUGUCCUGUUUUUAAAAAGAAAAAUUCCAUCCGGAAUUGCGGACAGAUCGAUGAGCUAACACGAACAUCGGAAGGAAAAACCUUCCUCAUGAGUUAUGAGUGAAUUAUGAGUUAAGACUGAAGAUGAUGAUGCAACAGUAUUUGUUCCCCAAUGACAUGCAAAAAAAAAGAAAGAAUCGUACAAUAAACUCUGAGCGUUCAGUGAUGCUGAUAGUGAUACUGGAGUCCCGGGGAAGAAGUUGGCGUUCCGGGCUCGGUUCUUUUUACCCUGUGGUUCUGUGAUUCUUAUUCACUCACAGUAUGUUGAUGUGAACUUCCUGGGUUCCUGUCUAACAGCGCUGAUCCUGGAGAAACCCCUGCGUCCUGCACGAUCGGAACAGGAACACAUGCAGAAAUGAGGCUUCUCCAGGAGGAAGAUGAUUAUUUAAAUCUUUUAUUUAUUUUAUUUUUAUUUUUAAGCAUCUAAAUAAGGUUACUAGUCAUUUGGAGGGUUUUUUUUCUUUCUCAUUAACUAACAAAUUCUCAUUUUCCAUCUCACCUCUGUGUGUGUGUGUGUGUGUGUGUGUGGUUUCCGAAUUUCUUACUGUGUCCUCUCACUCUCUCUCUCUCUCUCUAUCUCACUUUCUCCCCCUGCACAGCUUGCCCAUCUUUUCCUUCC